AUGACAGCCUCGGUUACUUUUAUGCAGCUCUUUUUGGCGUCUUUGGCUGUUGGCCAGCAAGUCUUCUUGCCUGCUGAAGGUCCAACGACUCGUACUCAAUGCAAAGCCAGCACCAAGACGAGUGAGCCCAGAUACACAUAUACUCCUUUCAGUUACACCCAGACAGACACUGUCAGAUAUGCUACCUCAGUGCCUUCUCCGACUACGACAACAACAUAUGCUGCGCCCCCAGAGUCAUUGACAACUCUGUUGCCCUCUCUCUCCUUCACAACCUGGGGCAAAUGGGAUCCCAAUGCAACGACCAAAGCCUCGGACACUGAUGAUCCCUAUGGGCAGGCAGCAUGGACUGCCCUCUGGGAGCACGCAAACCCUCCCAACUUUACCGAAACGGCCGUGUACAGCACGACCGUAUCUCCUACCCCUAUCCCGAGUGACGAGCUCGUGCUGCCUCCGCGAGACUACUUUGGCCCGAGCGACUGCUACAACUUCCCCAAGAACUUCUCUUUUGGGGUCGCCAGCUCGGCUAGCCAGAUUGAAGGGGCCACAGCUGAAGAGGGCAAGUCGCCUUCUCUCAUGGAUAUUCUCGUCCGAGACGCCCGGCCCAAGUCGUACGUGACGAACGAGCAUUACUAUUACUACAAGCAAGACAUUGAGAGGGUGGCGGCCAUGGGUGCCAAGCACUUCUCAUUUAGCAUCGCGUGGACUCGAAUUCUCCCAUUCGCGCUGCCGGGAACCCCCGUGAACCAGGAGGGCAUUGACCAUUACAACGACGUGAUCAACUUUAUCCUCGAGAAGGGCAUGGUGCCCGAGGUGACCCUCCUCCACUUUGACACUCCCCUUCAGUUCUUUGGCAGCAACCUCAGCGUGGCUGCCGACCCCCCACUGAUUGGGUACGUCAACGGUGGCUACCAGAAUGAGACAUUUCAGGACGCCUUUGUGCACUAUGCCAAGGUGGCCAUGACACACUUUGCUGACCGCGUUCCCGUGUGGUUCACCUUUAACGAGCCGCUGCUGUAUUCGUACAAUGCCAAGUCGGUCUACAACGUGGUCAAGGCCCACGCGAGGGUGUACCACUGGUACAAGGAGGAGUUGAAGGGGCAGGGCAAGAUCUCCAUCAAGUUCAACAACAACUUUGGUGUUCCACGUGAUCCAAAGAGCGAAGUCGACGUGUACGCUGCGGAUCACUUCAACUCGAUCCAGCUCGGACCCUUCUGCAAUCCGAUUUUCCUGGGGCAAGACUACCCUGACUCGUUCAAGCAGACGUUUGAAGACUACGUGCCCCUCAGCAAGGAGGAUCUCGACUACAUGGGCGGCACGGCCGACUUUCUUGGCAUCGACCCGUACACUGCCACGGUGAUUGCGCCCCCGGUGGAAGACGACAAGGAGAGCAUCCUCGAGUGCGCCGGGAAUUCCUCGUCGACCUACAGGCCCUACUGCGUGAAUCAGACGACGACCAACGUGUUUGGCUGGGACAUUGGUUACCGCUCUCAGACUUACGUUUACAUUACCCCUACUUACCUCCGCAGCUACCUGAACUAUUUACAUAAUACCUGGAGAACCCCUGUCGCCAUCACCGAGUUUGGGUUCCCCGUGUUUGGGGAAGCUGACAAACAGCUCGUGGAUCAGCUAUUCGACACGCCGCGGAGCAUCUACUACCUGAGCUUCAUGUCCGAGGUGCUCAAGGCCAUCUGGGAGGACGGGGUCGAGGUGGUCGGGGCGUACAGCUGGAGCUUUGCGGAUAACUGGGAGUUUGGGGACUAUGACGCGCACUUUGGCAUUCAGACGGUGAAUCGGACGACGCAGGAGAGGAGAUAUAAGAAGAGCUUCUUUGACCUGGUUGAUUUCAUGAAGGCGAGAGGUGUAGAGUAG